GAUCGGACUGGACCGCCAAAUUUUGGAUGAUUCUCACAAGUCACGAUUCGAUUUCCAGUUCUGAAAUUGCAAUUGAAUCGACCGGAUCAAACCGGCUAUAUCUAUAUAUUUUAAUUUCUCAGUAAACCCUGACUUUCCCAAUUUCCCAUCCCCCCUUCAUAUGUCUUUGUUUCUUGUGUGCGACUCUUUUUUAUUGCUUCACAUGGUGCUUGAUGGUUUGAUUGUCUUCAGAGGAGCGGAUGAGGGGUCUUGUUAAGCUUUUUUUUUUUUUGGAUAUUUGUGAUUUGUUGCAAAAGUCUAUAGAGAUCGGUUCCAUUUAACUGGAUUGAACCAGUUGGUCACUCUUAACGACUGGUUGGUCGAGUUCUCAAUAUUGAUCCUGAGCAAGACUUUAAAAAAAGCCCAAGCACCGAACCGGCGGGAGCUCUGAGUUGGGAGACCCCGUUUGGCAAGGUGCGUAUUCCCUUCUACCCGGGAAGAAAAGCUUGGGUAAGUGCAUGGGGAGUCCGGUGCCGUGUUCCCCAAGACAUUGUAUUGGGAAAAUUCAGGCAGACCGCCACUGCUGUAUAUCAAGUGGACAGGCGCUGGGGAAGGCGGGCGGGGGAGGCUAGACCUCCUUCGCACACUUGUGAAGCCGUGUCGGCGGACAAUCUCCAAAGUCCAAAGACGCGGUAAUGAAACAAGGGUCCCAUUCCCUUUUCAACUUCAUAAAAAGGGUCUAAGCCUAAGCUCUCUCGUCAUCCUCAUUCGUGCGAAUCUUUCUCGUUAAGAAUCUUCCAGUGUCGCCCAGCGAUUGUGGCGCCUUCCUCAAUUCAAUCGCGAUGGGCUUGAGUUGAUUCCGUCGAUUCGUUCUCCGUAAUUAGCAAUGGAAGUACGUACGCUCACAGGCCUGAUGAAGAUGGUGGCGUCGACUAGCCCCGACCAGAUAGCCGUCUCCGUCAGGGGGAAGAUCGAACUGACUUAUGCGCAUCUGCGGGAGCGCGUCGAUGAAGCCGCUGCGCUCCUUGUCUUCUCCGGCGUCGAUGCCGGCGACGUCGUCGCUCUCACUUUCCCCAACACCGUCGAGUUUGUAAUCCUGCUACUGGCAGUAAUCCGUUGCCGAGCCAUAGUGGCUCCGCUUAACCCCACCUACACAGCUGAGCGGUUCAGCUUCUGCCUUUCCAACUCGGGGUCGAAGCUCCUAUUGACACCACAAGAAGGAAAUCAACAGGCUCAAUUUGCUGCUUCCAUGCUUAACAUCCCCCACCUAACUGCCAAGCUUCACUCCGCCAAGUCCAAAAUCACUCUCUCUUCGAUCAACAUAGAGCCGAGCCUUGACUUGAUGUCCAAAGUCGUCAACGAACCCUCGGAUGUAGCUCUGUUCUUGCACACCUCCAGCAAUAUGAGUCACCCCAUACCCGUGCUGCUAACUCAGCACGAUUUGGCUUCAUCGGUUCAGAACAUCAAGCGGGUGUACAAACUAACAAAUUCAGACUCUACCGUGAUUGUGCUUCCGAUGUUCAAUGUAUACGGCUUGGUUGCUGGAUUAUUGAGCUCUUUAGCUGCUGGAGUUACCGUGGCCCUCCCGGCGGCUGUUAGGUUCUCAGCAUCCAGAUUUUGGGCAGAUAUGAUUUUAUACAAUGCCACGUGGUACACAGCAAUCCCUAGAAUCCACCAGAUCAUCCUGGACCACCACCUCAGCAAGCCACAGCCGGCUUACCCGAAGCUACGAUUCAUAAUGAGCUGCGGUGCGUUACUCGCGCCCUCUAUCCGGGCUCAGCUUGAGGAGGCAUUUGGUGCACCCGUGCUUGAGGCUUAUGCAAUGAUGGAGGCUACUCACCUGACGGCUUCAAACCCCUUGCCCGAAGAUGGUGAGCAUAAGCCCAGUUCAGUCGGGAGACCUGUAGGGCAGGAGAUGGCGAUUUCGGAUGAGUAUGGGGCCAUAAGGGCGGUGGGGGUGAGCAGUGAAGUGUGUAUAGGGGGACCGAACGUGACUGAAGGUCAUAAGAAUAAUCCAGAGGCAAAUAAGCAGGCCUUCCAGUCCAGGCGGUUUCAUACGGGUGGUGUUUCGUACGGGGGUUUGGAUGCUAGGUUCUCGGCGUCGAGAUCUUUGGCAGAUAGUGCUGCUUGGGUAAGUCAUAUGUCAGAAGUUGCCAGUCCAUCCCCGAGCAAUGAUAUGCCAGAGGGAAAUAAUGCACCUCAGACAACCGAAGAGAACAACACCGAGACCGUGAGAGGUGGAGAAGAAGGCGGCCAUGGAUUAACCAUGGAGUUUGAAAAGUUUAGUGGACCAAAGAACUUCUCCUAUGAAGAAUUGAUGACAGCGAUUGCAGAUCGCAAGAUUCUGGGAAAAGGAGGUUUCGGCGCGGUGUACGAAGGGCGAAUAGGAAAAGCUCGCACACAGGUCGCCGUGAAGGUUAUAAACUAUGAUUCGCACCAAGGGAUGAAUGAGUAUAAAUCUGAGGUGAUCACGUUGAGCCAGCUUAGGCACAAAAACUUGGUGCCACUUAUAGGCUAUUGUCACGAGGCGGAUAAAUUUGUCCUGGUUUACGAAUUCAUGAGUGAAGGUAGCUUGGAGGAUCAUCUAUUUAAAGGCAAAUCCUUAUUGACAUGGGAAACAAGGUAUAAAAUCGCUCAAGGAUUAGCCUCGGUGUUGCACUACCUGCAAAAACAAUGUCGUCAAUGCGUGAUCCAUAGGGAUAUCAAGUCUAGCAACAUCAUGCUCGAUGAAGAGUUCGAGGCCAAAUUGGGAGAUUUUGGAUUGGCUAGGCUAGUAGACUAUGCCACAGGGUCCAAGACAACUGAAUUGAUAGGAACACGGGGUUACAUGGCUCCGGAAUAUAUUACAACUAGUAGGGCAAGUAAAGAAACUGAUGUCUACAGUUUCGGAGUCGUCCUUUUGGAAAUAGUAUCUGGGAGAAGAGUCAUCGACCUGGAACGAGACCCAAUAGACCUCAUAGAGUGGUCAUUGAAGCACUAUAGGGCCAGGAAGUUGGUCCAUGCGGUGGAUGAGAAGCUCGGCAAGGAUUUCGACAAGAAACAGGCCGAGGCCCUAAUAAUAGCGGGGUUGUUGUGCGCUCAUCCCAUUACUACUUCUCGGCCUUCGAUUGAAGAGGCGAUGGCCAUUUUGAACUUGAAGGCAAGGGUAAAGCCUCGCGAGCUCCCCUUGAAGUCACCGCAAUCCCCACUUAGUAUUAAUUGGAAAGUCUCGCCCCGAUGGCUUAAGUUUUAGGCAACUUGCCUUGCUCUGAGCGCAGAUUAGCUCGUUUUAGUGUUACAUACAUGUUUGUACGUCAUCUUCAAGCCAGAUGUUGUAUAUGUCUGUGCAUUUAGCUUUUAGGCAAGUGCCCUUGCAGAUUGGCGGAUAAUGGUGUCUCUUUUAAGUUUUAUAUGCACACUUGCUCUUAGAAUAGUGUAAUAUGUAAUUGGGGUACUACCUGGAUCCUUAAUGUCUAGUUACAGGGUAACUUCACCAAGUAGUAGGAAGUUCGCUUUCAUGUUGGGGCUGCCCCGCUUGCUUGUAACCCAAGUGGGUUGAUAGGAUUACUGUGACAUCCCGAAAUUUGGCCCUGGAUUCGGAUAUAUGAAAUGGUUGUUUUGUAGA